UGAGGGAAAGCAGGGCAUGAGGAUGUGAUGGGGGGAGCCCGUUGUGGCAUUAUUUUAGGGAGAUGGCUCCAGGACGCUGCUUCUGAGGAAGUAGCAUGUGAUCAGAGAUCUUAACGAAGUAAGAGAGGGGGGGCCACGCAAGUAUCUGAGGAUAAAAUGUCCCGGGCAGAAGGAGCAACAAGUGUAAAAACCCUAAGGGAGGACAAAGUGGCUUUUUUGAGAACUGGCCAGACCUGAGGGAACUGGGAGAGUGAUAGAAGGGAAAAGUCGGAGGGGUGGGAGUUAGCCAGGGGCCUUGGGUUGUAGGAUUUUGAGCAGGGGAUUUUGCCCUGAUUUACUUUUCACACAGACCACUUGGCUCAACAGAGGGAGGGGCAGGGGUGGAGCAGAAAGUGAAGGCAGGGAGGAAACCAGUUAAGAGACCUUUGCAGCGGCCUUCUAGGUGACUUACAGUGCUGGCUCAGACAGGAGCAGUAACAGGUGGGGGAAAGUAGUCAGAUUCGGAAUAUUGUUUGCAGAUACAGUCAACGAUGACUUGAUGCUGGAUUAGAUAUGGGAUGUGAAAGAAGGAUAUGAAAGAAGAACGGGAUAAAUGAUGGCACCAUUUACUGGGAUGAGAAAGACUGUGGAAGGAUUGGUUUGGAUGGGGGGAAUUCAGAGUUUAAUUUUGGACAUGCUAAAUUUGAAGUGAGUUUGAGAUGUCAGGCAGGUAACUGGCUAUAUUAGUGUGGAACUCAAGGGAGAGAGCUCCCUUGGCCUUGCAGAAAUAAAUUUGCAAAGCCUCCGUGUAAAGCAGUAUAUUUGGAUGAGAUGACCCUGCAGAGGAAUGUAGGUGUAGUUGAAAAGAAGCCCUAGAUUUGAACUUCAUUGUCCGCCAACAUUUAGAUGUCCAGAAAAGGAAGAUCUGACAGAACUGAGAAGGAGCCCCCGGUGGGUGGGAGAAACACCAGAAGAGUAUAAAGCCAAGUGAAGCACUUGUUUAAAGAGGGAUUGGUUGACCGAGUCCUAAGCUAUUUGGAUGAGGACUGAGAACUGCUCGUUAGGUCUGACAACCUGAAGUUCUCCGACAGCUUUGAUAAGUAUAGUUUCAGUGGACAAAAACUGGGAAAGCCUGAUUGGGGUAGGUUUAAAAGAGAUUAGAAGGGAGAAAAGGAAGAUACUUAGCUAUAAACAACCCUUUCAAGUAGUUGUAGCCCAGAAGAGGAAAGGGGCAGAGAAAUGAGCUGAUAGCUGAAGUGAAGUCAAGGGUGGCUUUCUCAAGUUGAACAUGCCUUAGUUAUUUUUAAGUUUCAUUUACUAAUUUUCAGUACUUCUCUUUUUUCCUAUAACCCAUUGUAGCUUUUACCUAUGAGAAGUCACAUAGACGAAAGAAUCAAGGGAUUUAAUUAAAUAAUAAUAAAAAGCUGAAAGGCUUUACUCUGCAUAUUUAAAUGAGCUUAUAUUCUGUUGAGGAUUCAGGAGUUCUGCCAUAACUAAAUGUAAUAAAAAACAUUGUAGUAUAUACUGUUGCACUGAACACUGCCUACACAGUGCUAGCUACACAAAAAGGGACAGAAGAGACCUGAUUCCUAUAUUCGUGGAGUUUCCAGAAAAUGCUUGGACAGAAGAGAUGAGUACUAUUUCCACUAAGGCCUAGAAUUGCCUACUGUACAAAUAGUCCUGAUCAGGCAAUAUACGAAUGGCCCAAGGAAGCCACCAAAUUGAUUUUCAGGUUUUACAUGACCUGCGACAAAAAUUCCCUGAAGUACCUGAAGUUGUUGUAUCCAGGUGCAUGUUACAGAAUAAUAAUAACCUGGAUGCUUGCUGUGCUGUUCUCUCUCAAGAGAGUACAAGGUAUCUUUAUGGUGAAGGAGACUUGAAUUUCUCGGAUGACUCUGGAAUUUCUGGCCUCCGAAAUCACAUGACUUCUCUCAACUUGGACUUGCAGUCACAGAAUGUUUACCACCAUGGAAGAGAAGGAAAUAGAAUGAAUGGAAGCAGGACUCUGACGCACAGCAUUAGUGAUGGACAACUUCAAGGUGGUCAGUCCAAUAAUGAACUCUUUCAGCAGGAGCCACAGACAGCACCAGCUCAAGUUCCUCAAGGCUUUAAUGUUUUUGGAAUGUCUAGUACAUCUGGUGCUUCAAAUUCAGCACCACAUCUUGGAUUUCAGUUAGGCAGCAAAGGAACAUCUAACCUUUCUCAACAAACUCCCAGAUUUAAUCCUAUUAUGGUAACUUUAGCCCCAAAUAUCCAGACUGGUCGUAAUACUCCUACAUCUUUGCACAUACAUGGUGUACCUCCACCUGUACUUAACAGUCCACAGGGAAAUUCUAUCUAUAUUAGGCCUUACAUUACAACUCCUAGUGGUACAGCUCGACAGACGCAACAGCAUUCUGGCUGGGUAUCUCAGUUUAAUCCUAUGAACCCUCAACAAGUCUAUCAACCUUCACAACCUGGUCCCUGGACUACUUAUCCUGCAUCUAAUCCUAUGCCACAUACCUCAGCCCAGCAGCCAAACCAGCAAGGCCACCAGACCUCUCAUGUCUACAUGCCCAUCAGUUCACCUACUACUCCACAGCCACCAACAAUUCAUUCAUCUGGUAGCUCACAGUCUUCUGCCCAUAGCCAAUAUAACAUUCAGAAUAUUUCAACAGGACCUCGAAAAAACCAGAUUGAAAUCAAACUUGAACCCCCACAAAGAAACAGCUCUUCAAAAUUGCGUUCUUCUGGACCUCGAACCUCCAGCAGUUCCUCUUCAGUCAACAGCCAGACCUUAAAUAGAAAUCAGCCCACUGUUUACAUAGCUGCCAGUCCCCCAAAUACUGAUGAGGUGAUGUCCCGUAGUCAACCCAAGGUCUAUAUUUCAGCUAAUGCCGCCCCAGGAGAUGAACAGAUCAUGCGGAAUCAGCCCACCCUCUUCAUAUCCACAAACUCUGGAGCAUCUGCUGCCUCCAGGAAUAUGUCUGGGCAAGUGAGCAUGGGUCCUGCCUUUAUUCAUCACCACCCUCCCAAAAGUCGAGCAAUAGGCAAUAACUCUGCAACUUCUCCUCGAGUCGUGGUCACUCAACCCAAUACAAAAUAUACUUUCAAAAUUACAGUUUCUCCUAAUAAACCCCCUGCAGUUUCACCAGGGGUGGUGUCCCCUACCUUUGAACUUACAAAUCUUCUAAACCAUCCUGAUCAUUAUGUAGAAACAGAGAAUAUUCAGCACCUCACGGACCCUACUUUAGCACAUGUGGAUAGAAUAAGUGAAGCACGGAAGUUGAGUAUGGGAUCUGAUGAUGCUGCCUACACUCAAGCUCUGUUGGUACACCAGAAGGCCAGAAUGGAACGACUUCAAAGAGAACUUGAGAUUCAAAAGAAAAAGCUGGAUAAACUAAAAUCUGAGGUCAAUGAAAUGGAAAAUAAUCUAACUAGAAGGCGCCUGAAAAGAUCAAAUUCCAUAUCCCAAAUACCUUCACUCGAAGAAAUGCAGCAGUUGAGAAGUUGUAAUAGACAACUCCAGAUUGACAUUGACUGCUUAACCAAAGAAAUUGAUCUUUUUCAAGCCCGAGGACCACAUUUUAAUCCCAGCGCUAUUCAUAACUUUUAUGACAAUAUUGGAUUUGUAGGUCCUGUGCCACCAAAACCCAAAGAUCAGAGGUCCACCAUCAAAACACCAAAGACUCAAGACACAGAAGAUGAUGAGGGGGCUCAGUGGAAUUGUACUGCCUGUACUUUUUUGAACCAUCCAGCCUUAAUCCGCUGUGAACAGUGUGAGAUGCCAAGGCAUUUCUGAGCCAAAAGGCCCUAUAGCUCUAAAACCACAUCGGAAGUUCAAGAAACGAGUCUGUCAUCAGGGGAAAAGUUUCACUGCUACAUAGGAUUUUGUCAAAUUGAAGGUGUGACAAGAUGGUGUUGUGCUAAUGUUAAAUGUCAGCCCACAGAGCUAAUAAUACCUCAGUCUAAUGUCAUGGGCAGUUGAAAUUCACAUGAAAGGGAAUCUGCUGAGAGACUCAGUUGCCCGCUGCCUAACCAUGUACAGUGUUACCAGUAGCCCGUUGUGGAUAAUUCUCAAUAUAUUAAUGCCUAGGUGUGCCCAGUACCUUUCCCCCUCAUGUCACUACUGAAUUUUGACAGGAGGAAGGAAUAGAACGAUGGCUUUUUUUUUUAAAGCUUUUGGUGAAACACUACAAACAUGAAGAAAAAGAACAAGGUGUAACUAUUUAAAAACUGUUUGCUGCCGCAUGGUGCCAAUGGAUAGGGGAAGAACUUCAUGAAUCUGUGGUACUCUUGGCCUCGUCUUUGUCUUCCCUGAAACGUCUCCACUCUGUGAAGCCAGCAUCUGGGGUCUAAAGAUGAAAAGGAAAGCAGCAUGCAUUGUCUGUACAAACAUGCAGUGAGAUAUCCCAAAGCUUUUCCUACUGUACAGAUCUCUCGAGUCUGCUUUAAGUGAUUUCUUUUCUUUAUUAUUUUCUUAUAUUUCUAUAUGUAUAGUGUAAUAGUCUUUUGUUAACUAAUUUUCUUUUUUCCUUUUAGUGAUUAAGCACGAUCAUGUCCCUUUUUAAGCCUUACCUGAGAGAAGCAAUGCCUUAAAAUAAAAAAGCAUUAAUGAAAUGAAACUGUGCACAAAAUAACUUUCCUCUACUUACUCUGUGCUUUGCCCUCGUGAGUGCCGAUGUUCUGUGAAGACAUGGGGAUGCUGCACACUGACUUGCAGGAAAUACUACAAGACUUACGUCUAAGUCACACUAUAUCUGCCGACUUCAGCAGUGGGUCGCACAGCACACUGAUCUUCCACAGGGAAGCUUAAAACAGAAGGUAUUUUUAACCCACUGACAGAGCAACGAGGUUAAGCUUGCUUCAUCUGCCUGGUGUCCCACAGAACUGUCACAAGAGAUUACUAUGGGGAAAGUACAGUUUGCAAAACCAGCCACAGCAGCAGAACCUACAGCCCUGGUGUGGGGAGAAGCGUAAAUGCUUUACUGUUGGGGCAGUCCGUUUCUAAACCUGACUUGGUGGCAGUAUCAUGUGUAUUUAUAAAACGAGGCUAGUCAUAUUUAGGACAACUGAAGGAAAGCUGGAAAAAAGAAAAACAAGCAAACUUGAACACUGAAGCAACCUCAAGCAUCUCUUUAUUUUGAUGAUAUAUUUUUAUAAGGAAAAUAAAUAUUCAGAUGAUCGGGAAUGUAUAUAACUAAAUGAAAUCAAGAAAAAGAAAUGACAGUAUGCAUUUAAAAAACAGAAUUAUGAAAUUAUAUAUCAGUACUUAGAAUGGGGCUAGGGGAAGUGCUGAAAUAUAGCAAAAGGUAGGAGAUAAUGUUGACUGUCACCCAUUGUAAAUGUCUGCAAAUGGAUAUUUUUUAAAUAAGCAGGAUUAUUACAGGUGAUCUAUAUGAAUGUCAAAGCCUUGACUUCCGGGCUUUGCAUCUUGUAUGUGGGAAGAAAUAUGACAAUCCUAGUUAAUUAGACCAUAGACCCAAAGCCCUUACAAUUGAUGCAUUUUGUUUUAAAACUAGGCCUUGUUUUUCAGCUUCAUCUGCAGUUCUAUGUGAAGAUUGAUAAAUCAGUUUUUACUUGUUUUAUUAAUAAAACGUAAUUUGGAUAUCUUGAGUUGAUGGUUUUGUGAUUUAGCUGGGUAAACUAUCUUUGUAACAGAUAAGUUAUUUAUAAAAAUUAAAAAACUUAUAUUCUAA